AUGAAAUCAACACCUGAAUUCAAUUUAACAAUAACUGGUCUUCCAAUAACAUUAUUUAAAAAUUCUGUUGGUGAGCACAAUAAGGUUCCCUUCCCACAAGGCAAUUAUAUUCAAGCCGUACGAACCUCAUGUCAUGAUCUUACAAAAAAAAAUGACAUAAAAGUAAAUGAAGAAGCGGUUAUAAACUUUAUUCAGAAGAUAGAUUCAAACCACUAUAAUAAAUUAUCCGAAAACAAUGGUUUAUUAAAUAUGCCUUUAAGAUUUGAUACUCUAGAACAAGAAUUGAAUAUAAUUGGUUUGUUUGGAUUAUUAAAUUUUGGAAGUGGAUAUCGUCAAGAAUUACACGAAGAAUGUGGACCUUUUGACACUAUAAGAUAUGGAAUCAUGUCCCUUCAUAUAACAUCACAAUCUUUGAGUUCGCAUGCAUUACGAUCCAUAAAACUUUCAGAAGUAUCUUCAUUGUUCCAAAUACCUUUACAAAUUGAUGUGCCACAUAAAACAAUUCAAGCUAUUACCAUAUCACAACCAUCAAAAUCUCGAGUUUUUGCAGAAAUCAUAACUUGGGUUCUGAAUGACACAGGGAAAAUACUAGAAGACAGUGGAUAUAAAGAUUUUGCUAUGUUUUUAAUCGAUGCAUCUAAACCAGAAAGAGGUGGAGAAAAACCCAAAGCUGCUAAAAUGGUAGAAAAGCUGGUCAAAGCUUUUCCAACGUUUAGAGACAUGGCAAUGAUCAAUGAUCAACCUGUAUAUGUUUUCAAAAAAGCACAAUUCCUUGCUUCAAGUCUCUACCAUCGAUUUCAAAAUAAUACCAAAACAUCUGAUUUUGAUUUUGAAGAUAUCAAUGAACUUACAAUUGAUGGCAAUAAUGUGGUUCCAGCAAUACUUUAUCAUGCUAAUAUAAUGAAUUUACCAUCUCAUUUCAAAAAAUUUUUUGAAGAAAAUAAUAAAGAGAAUCCUAAUAUACAAGAAAUAUAUUGUUUACGUGCAGCAGCUAUUGAUUCAUGUGAGAUCAUUUUAAGACAUGCUAGAUCAUUAGGUAGACAGGAAAUUAGUUUGAAGGGUUUAGAUAAGUAUAUUUGGCAAUUAGGCAAAAACGAUAAUAAUAAUAGACAAAUUGAGGGAUUUGUAAUUCAUAAUACAAUGUUUUUUUGA